CCGUUCAUCGACUCGAUUCUGUGGCUGUGUGACUGAGUUUAUCAUAAUGCUAACUGCUAUGGGCAACUUGACUUCGUCGUGUGCUCCAGGCAAUGAAGUUCAUUCCUCCUACAAUCCACCUAUAAUUAUUAUAAUCAUCAUCCUGGGAUUUAUUGGAAAUGCCGUUGCUUUAUGGAUCUUCAGUUUUCAUGUGAAAUCCUGGAAACCAAACACAGUCUAUUCACUGAACCUGGCGAUUGCAGACACUCUGUUAAUCUGCUGUUUACCGUUUCGAGCAGAUUACUUUAUCCGGGGGAAGAACUGGAUUUACGGUGAUGUUCCUUGUCGUCUGAAGAUCUUCAUGGUAUUUCUAAAUCGGACGACAAGUGUCAUGUUCCUCACGGCGAUGGCGAUCAAUCGGUAUUUGAAAGUGGUCCAUCCUCAGCACAGAGUGAAUACGAUGCCUACAAGCUGUGCAGUGAAGGCAGCCGCCGGCUUGUGGGUUCUCGCAGUGGCCAUUUGCUCACACCUCUUAGCAGAACCUCAUUCCUUCGAACUCGACAACCAGACGUACUGUGAACCCUUUAACAUAACGCGGCCUCUAAGUCCGACAACAAUUUGGACCGUUGUUGUUUUUAUUGUUUUCAAGUUUGCUAUCCCGGCUCCGAUUCUCCUCUUCUCCACGUCCUGCAUCAUCUGGAAAUUAAAACAGGUGAAAAUUGAGUUGAGGAGUAAAUAUAAUCGAGCGAUGAAACUUGUGAUCGCUGUGUCUGCAGUUUUUGUGCUUUGCUUCUUGCCCACAAACAUUGCUGUUCUUGCUGUGUUAGUCACGGAACUGAGAGGUACUGAAGGCUGCAAGUCAUAUGAAACAGCUGUUCACGUCUUCUAUAAUACACUAUUCAUGACAUAUCUGAACAGUGUACUGGAUCCAGUUAUUUACUACUUCACAAGUUCGACUUUCAAAACUGCUUUAAAGAAAGCAGUUGCUUCUCUGAAUCUAAACUGGUCCAGAUCAAAAACUGAUACAGCGAUGCAACCGAUAGAAUCCACAUGAGAAGUAGAUAUAGAUCAUCAUUUUUAAAGGACAGCGGUCCGUCAUAGCUAUGAAUGAUCCCAAACUAUGUCUACCCUGUCUGCACGACCCAGCUGUUAAUAUCUGUUAAAUGUCUUUAAAGUAUAAUCUAUCCAUUCUUGCAGAAUGUUGAAAUUUUUUGCAUUUUUUGGUGUUGUAAAAGUAGAUAGCGUGUUUCUGAUGAAUAAGUGGUUAAAAUUUUUUAAUCGUUAUCCAUGUGUUUAAAAACUUGCAAUGAAUUUACUCUGUAACAUUGACUGACUAGGGAUUUUCAAUGAUAACGUGUUUAGCUUCAUAAGGAGCUAAG